AUAAAUAAUGCCUAAUCACCGGAAAAUUAAGGUAAAAGUACCGAAAAUAUGUGAAAUCUGUGGCGAAAAUGCAAAUGAAACUUGGGUGUAAAUUAAGCGGCGAUUGUAUUGUAGACCAAAAGUGCCGCAAAUUAUGCAAAAAAUGUCGACUUAAAAAGUGUUUCACCAGAGGAAUGAAAAAAGAAUGCAUUCUUAAUGAAGAGGAGAGGGAAUCGCGAAGACAUCAAAUCGAGAUAAAUAGGAAGUUGAGGGCAAAUGGUGUGAAAGACAUAAAUAGUGAUAAUUUAAUUACAAGCACUUUAUCUGAUGUGUCAAAUGCCACGACAAUUGACUAUUCAAAUGAUAAUACAGUGGAUAAUACCAUAAGAGAUGAUGAGAUCAGUGAAUGUAUUACACAAAUGGCAAACAUUGAUCCAAACAAUAUUGUCGUAGAUGUGAAUGAAACACAUGAGGGUUUGUUUGUACCACAAAACACUUUGACCGACAAUACUAUCACAAACCAAAUACAAGACAUUUGUAUCGGUAAUAACAAUAACUCGAUGGUAAUCGACAUAUUCAGCACUAAUAACACUAUCAAUAAAUUAAUUCAAAUCAAUUGUUUCAAUGAUUUUGAACAAAAACGUCUCGAAGAACUCUAUGGACUCUCAUAUCUAAACAAUUACCAUAACAUUGAUCCCACAUAUGAUGAGCCGAGCGGUCAUGUGUUUAACUGCCAAUUGGAUUGGUCUGCGGAUUACAUAAUGGAGAGAUCGGCCAAAGAAUUUGAUAAAGAUUUAACCGAAAACGUGAAUAAAAUUCAAUGUUUAAAAGCAUUCAAAAGCUUAUGCCUCAACGACCAAAUCGCCCUGAUCAAAUACGGUUGUAUCGAGUUCAAACUACUCAAAACGUACAUGUUCUAUAAGCCCGAUGAUGAGUGCUGGCGUAGCUUUAAACUG